AUAUGAGUUGUAUAACAACUUGCACAUAUUCAUCACCGCCAUUACCAAAGCACCAAUGGGCUGUAAUUGACAAAAUAAUAAAGUAAAUCACUUCUUGAAAACAAAACUCAAUUUUUUUAAGACCAAAAAUAUAGAAAUUGCCUAUAUUGCCAAAAAAACUCACUCAUUUUGUCAUAUUUGUUGUUAAUUCAACAUUCCAACCCAACCCAUUUCGACCCGGGUCUUCAACCAAGUUCUAGAGAGAGAUUGAAGGGGGUUCCAAACCUAGAGAGAGAAAGUGAGCUUGGCUUAUCAGAAUUGUUUGUGGUUUGACUAUGGCAAAUUCAAAGGGGCCCUCGAGCUAUAAAAAUGUGUUGUAUAAUGGAAAGCACUCCUUACUGCCACCUAAAAGCCCAUUCCCCAGCAUUUCCCCUUCCUAUCUUGAUUAUGUGCAGACUUCUACCAUUGGAGUAAAAGGUUUGCCAAAGCCUAGAGAGGGAUACCAGCACCAUCAACGUACAUCGUCUGAGAGCACCCUGAUUGAGGAUCAACCUUCUUGGCUGGAUGAACUUCUUAAUGAGCCAGAGACACCUGUACGUAGAGGUCAUCGACGUUCAUCCAGUGACUCUUUUGCAUAUAUGGAGGUGGCUAAUGCUAACUUGAAUUAUGCAACUCAAGAUGAGUACAGAUCAAGAAACAUGUCUCCUGUGCCUUCAAGGACAUCUCAAGACUUUGAUUAUUACAAAGAUGUACGCUGUGAUUCCUUUUAUCCAGAUGUAAAUCCAUUGGGAAAAUCUAAAAGCAGGGUCUGGGAUCCCCCAUCAAAUUCAUUAGCACAUCCAGUUGGCCCUCUUUCUGUCAAGGACAAUUCUGCUAUUCAAAAUUCAGUAUCAUCAUUUUCUACCCAAGAAACUGAUGGUUUCGCGUCUAACACAACUGAGAAGCAGAAUCCAAUUGAAUCUAGUCCAUAUGAUGCAAAAGCUUCUUCUGAGAAAAAGGAUUCCUCUUAUGCUAAAGCUUCUGCAUCUGAAACAGAUACAAAGCGUUCCAAGCAGCAAUUUGCUCAAAGAUCCCGGGUCCGAAAGCUCCAGUACAUAGCUGAGCUAGAAAGAAAUGUACAGGCAUUACAGGCAAAAGGCUCUGAAGUUUCUGCUGAACUUGAAUUUCUCAACCAGCAAAACCUUAUUCUGAGUAUGGAGAACAAAGCUCUGAAACAGCGGUUAGAAAAUGUAUCCCAAGAGCAAGUAAUUAAGUACUUGGAACAUGAUGUACUUGAGAGAGAGAUUGGCAGACUACGGGCUUUGUAUCAACAGCAGCAGCAGCCACCACAACAGCUGCCAUCUUCCGGUCAUCGGCGUGCCAAUAGUAGAGACACAAACAGUAAAGAUCUUGAUUCACAAUUUGCAAACCUUUCUUUGAAGCACAAGGACUCCAGCUCUGGGCGCGAUGCUGUUUCUGGUCCGCUCCACAUAUAAAAUAUAACGUAGCUACAGGACCAUGCUCCACCAGAGUCUCCCAUUGAUGUUGUUGUGCUUACAACUGAAACUCCAACUGGUUUCAAGGUGUUUAAUUCAAGCCAAGCUUCUGCUUUCGCUUCUUUUUUCGUUGGCCCUUUUUGUUUUCGGUUCUAUUUGUAUCAGGCCAUAUCCAUUUAGUAGCUCAUCUGCACCUGGUGCCCCCUCAGGAAUUGUAGUUCUGAUCAGCGACUCAUCGGAGGUGGUAACAAUUGUUAACAGUAUUGGCUUCUAUUGUAUGGUGGACAUAGUAAACCUUGUUAUCCUUUUAUCGACCAAAUAGACUAAUGAGGUUGCUUAAAGUUGCGAGUCGGCCUUGCCUGUAAUGUGCUCACUUGUACUUCAGCAAGCAGUGUGUUCAAACAGUGUGGUUGCUCCUUGCUUAAACAUUUUAAUGCAGUAGUGCUGUUCUAUUUGCUA